UUCGCCCCCCUUCUCAAACACAAAUAUUUUCAUAUAAUAAAAGCCUGUUUCCCUAUGGUUAUAACCCAGCCUCCAUUCCUCCGACACCACCAUUUUAAAGGGGUUCACUGCGCGGACUUCUCCAAAGUCCCUAGGCUUUACCUCCUUCGGGACCGUGUCUCGUAGAGGAGGCGGCGACGGCGGCGGUGCGGGGAGAGGAAGAGAAAGCAGCGUCUCCCGCUUGAGCCAAUGCAGCCCUUCUGCUCUUCGGAAAGCGCGUCCCUGCCCUGAUGAGCCCCCGCCGUGGGUCCCUGGCCGUCCCCCGGCGGGAGUGGGGCCCGCAGCCCAGCGCCGACGGUCGCUGCCGUUUUGCCCUUGAGGGUAGGAUGUGGUGAGAGGAUGGGGCUUCUCCCUUCAGGGGCUCACAAUGGCAAGAGAAGAUUCCGUGAAGUGUCUGCGCUGCCUGCUCUACGCUCUCAAUCUGCUUUUUUGGUUAAUGUCCAUCAGUGUGUUGGCAGUUUCUGCUUGGAUGAGGGACUACCUAAAUAAUGUUCUGACUUUAACUGCAGAAACAAGGGUGGAGGAGGCAGUCAUCUUGACUUACUUUCCUGUGGUUCAUCCGGUCAUGAUUGCUGUUUGCUGUUUCCUUAUCAUUGUGGGAAUGUUAGGAUAUUGUGGAACGGUGAAAAGAAAUCUGUUGCUUCUUGCCUGGUACUUUGGAAGUUUACUUGUCAUUUUCUGUGUAGAACUGGCUUGUGGGGUUUGGACAUAUGAGCAGGAACUUAUGGUUCCAGUACAGUGGUCAGAUAUGGUCACUUUGAAAGCGAGAAUGACAAAUUAUGGCUUACCCAGAUACCGGUGGCUUACUCAUGCUUGGAAUUUUUUUCAGAGAGAAUUUAAGUGCUGUGGAGUGGUGUAUUUCACUGACUGGUUGGAAAUGACAGAGAUGGACUGGCCCCCGGAUUCCUGCUGCGUUCGGGAAUUCCCAGGAUGUUCCAAACAGGCCCACCAGGAAGAUCUCAGUGACCUUUAUCAAGAGGGUUGUGGGAAGAAAAUGUAUUCCUUUUUGAGAGGAACCAAACAACUGCAGGUGCUGAGGUUUCUGGGAAUCUCCAUUGGAGUGACACAAAUCCUGGCCAUGAUUCUCACCAUUACUCUGCUCUGGGCUCUGUAUUAUGAUAGAAGGGAGCCUGGGACAGACCCAAUGAUGUCCCUGAAGAAUGACACCUCUCAGCACCUGCCAUGUCAUUCAGUAGAACUGUUGAAGCCAAGCCUGUCAAGGAUCUUUGAACACACAUCCAUGGCAAACAGCUUUAAUACACACUUUGAGAUGGAGGAGUUAUAAAAAAGGUCACAGAAGGAAACCACAAACUUGUUUUAUUGGACUUGUGCAUUUUUGAGCACACACUUACCUAUUUCAGAAAUAUGUAAAAAUAAAAAUGGUGCCAUAAAA